UUUUCAGUCCGCGGCUUCUUCCCUCCCGAGCGCGACUGAUCGUGUUUCCUGAAACAUCUCUCAAGCUCUGGGCUUUCUAAUGCAAAUACCUCCCCACCAGAUAGAUUGGAAGCAGCCCCCACCCCCUGCAUCAUAACCCUCUACUGCUUCCCUUACUCCAUCUGUAGUUUCUUGUCAAGAAAGAUGGUUUCGGGUUGGACGCAUUUCUUCUAGCAGUCGCGUUUUCCAGGAGGAAGCAUAAAAUAAAAAGUCAUUGCGCAACUGAGUGUCGCUGGAGUCAGAUGAAGUGGCGCUAGUGAAGGGGCACGGAGCAUGAUCUCACACAAACACUUCAGUCCCCUGGAGACCCUCACAUCACAAAGCUGCUGCUGCUGCUGAGGCUGCCGGAUGAGCGCACAGACCUCCUAGAACUUCGGAGCCGGCGCCAGCGCAAAGCACGUGUAAAGGGGCAGGUGGUGACAGCGCUGCGCAACGCACUAAAAUCCUUUUUUUUCUGGCUGAACAAAGAGACACGAUAAGGCACCUAUGUGAUUCAAUGGAUAUAUACCAAGGGUAACCCCCUUCUCUUCAAGACUCACAAAUUAUUUGGCACCCUGUUGAGAGUUCCAAACUGAAACUUUUGGGAUUGUCACUCUCAUAUAUUUUUUAAAGAAAACAAAAAUGAAGAUGGGAAAAUGUGAGCUGUGUCAUUAUCUUCAGAUUAUAGCUAUUUUCCUUUGUCUUUCUGGAAUAAGCCAAGCUGAGCUUUCUAUGUCUACAUCCAAGCCUUACAUCCAACCUGGGAAGUCAAGAACAAAGCGCAGCUGGGUUUGGAAUCAGUUCUUUGUACUGGAGGAAUAUACAGGUACAGAACCUCUCUAUGUGGGCAAGCUUCAUUCUGAUGUGGAUACAGGAGAAAAUGCUGUCAAAUAUGUCUUGACAGGGGAAGGGGCAAGUUCCAUUUUCAAUAUUGAUGAGAAAACUGGAGAUAUUCAUGCUUCAAAGAGGUUGGAUCGGGAGGAACAAGCCUACUACACACUGCGGGCCCAGGCUAUUAACAGGUUAACUAACAAGCCAGUGGAACCUGACUCUGAGUUUGUCAUUAAAGUACAAGAUAUAAAUGACAAUGAGCCUAAAUUUCUGGAUGGCCCUUACAUAGCUGGAAUUCCUGAAAUGUCACCUGUUGGAACAUCGGUGCUACAAGUUACAGCAACAGAUGCAGAUGAUCCUACAUACGGGAGUAGUGCCAGAGUUUCCUACAGCAUUGUUCAAGGUCAGCCCUAUUUUUCCGUGGAGCCAAAGACUGGCAUUAUUCGAACUGCUUUACCUCAUAUGGACAGAGAAGCCAAAGAUCAGUAUCUGCUUGUAAUACAAGCAAAGGACAUGGUGGGACAAAUGGGAGGAUUAACUGGAACAACUUCUGUAACAGUAACACUUACUGACGUCAAUGACAAUCCGCCAAGAUUUCCUCGUAGAUCUGAUCAAUAUUAUGUUCCAGAAUCUUUACCUGUUGGUUCAACAGUUGCUAAAAUAAAAGCAGAUGAUGCUGAUACAGGGGUCAAUGCAGAAAUGGAAUAUAAGAUAUUAGAUGGUGAUGUUGAUGGCAUGUUUAAAAUUACAGUAGAUAAAGACACCCAGGAAGGCAUUGUUAUCACUGAAAAAGAGCUGGAUUAUGAAUCAAAGAUAAGUUAUACCCUUAGGAUAGAAGCAUCAAACAAACAUGUGGAUACUCGGUUUCUCGGAGUAGGUCCCUUUAUGGAUACAACAACCGUGAAAAUUAUCGUGGAAGAUGUAGAUGAACCACCUGUGUUCUCUUCAAGGUUGUAUUCAAUGGUGGAGUCUGAAGCAGCAAAAGUAGGAACUAGUAUAGGAACAGUAACAGCACAUGACCCAGAUGCAGCCAAUAGCCCAGUGAGAUAUUCAAUUGAUCGCAAUACUGAUCUGGAGAGGUUUUUCAACAUUGAUGCCAACAGUGGGCUUAUUACCAUAGCAAAGCCUCUAGACAGAGAGACCAAUGCUGUCCAUAAUAUCACAGUAUUAGCAAUUGAGAGUCAAAAUCCUGCACAAAUUGGCAAAGGAUUUGUUGCAAUACGCAUUCUGGAUAUUAAUGAUAAUGCACCUGAAUUUGCAAAUGAAUAUGAGACUACAGUUUGUGAGAAUGCUUCCCCUGGAGAAGUUAUUCAGGAAAUACGCGCGGUUGAUAAAGAUGACCCAUCAAGCGGCCAUUGGUUUUAUUUUACUUUGCCAUCAGAUGCAAGCAAUGUCAAUUUUACUUUGCAAGACAAUAAGGAUAACACAGCUUCGGUCAUAACAAGAAGAGGUGGCUUUCGGAGGCAAGAACAGUCUGUCUUUAUUUUGCCCAUUGUGAUUGUGGACAGUGGAUCUCCUUCUCUCAGCAGUACAAAUACCCUUACGAUUAGAGUUUGUGAUUGUGAUGCAGAUGGUUUGGCCCAGUCUUGCAAUGCUGAAGCAUACACACUACCUGCUGGUUUAAGCACUGGGGCUCUGAUUGCAAUCUUAGCUUGUGUCCUGACAUUACUUGUGCUCGUUCUUCUAAUUGUUACAAUGAGAAGACGGAAAAAGGAACCGCUAAUAUUUGACGAAGAAAGGGAUGUCCGAGAGAAUAUUGUAAGAUAUGAUGAUGAGGGGGGUGGCGAAGAAGACACUGAAGCAUUUGACAUGGCUGCAUUAAGAAAUCUCAAUAUUCGAGAUAGUAAAACAAGGAGGGAUGUGACUCCAGAAAUCCAGUUCUUGAGCCGACCGUCCAUUAGAAGUGCACCAGACAAUGUCAUUUUCAGGGAAUUUAUCUGGGAGAGAUUGAAGGAAGCGGAUGUGGAUCCAUGUGCACCACCUUAUGACUCCCUGCAAACAUAUGCAUUUGAAGGAAAUGGAUCAGUAGCAGAAUCUCUAAGUUCUCUAGAGUCAAAAAGCUCAAACUCUGAACAAAAUUAUGAUUAUUUGAGUGACUGGGGUCCUCGAUUCAAAAGACUUGCAGAUAUGUAUGGCACUGCUGAGGACAACUUGUAUUCAUAGCAUUAGAACAUCUUCUGUAUAUGACUGCACUGCAGAUAAACUCAGUAUUGACUAAUGCGUAUAUAUGUACAUUUGUCUAACAUUCUAGAAUUUUAAUUUAUAAAUCUUUUCUUUAUCACUAAUGAUCUAUGGACUCCACUGAUCAGGCAUCCUUUUAUAAAUUCAAACCAAGUGUAAAUACUACCAAAAUGUUUAUUUUUGAAUCUGUAGAAACGGCUAAUUCAGAUUUUAUUAGUGAUCAGUAAAUUUAGGGGCUGAUUUUGGUAGCUGGGAAUUAAUGUUUCACAUUAGAGCAUUUGAAAUAUGUAGUGUGCUUAAAGAAUGUUAUUACCUUAUACUUUGCUGGAAAAUUACUUUCCAGUAUAACUCCUGGAACAAAUAAAUCCCCUGCAAGAUAAGUAUGUUGCUUGCUGUUGGAGCAAAAGGACACAUUCUUGUAUGUUUAAACACCUGCUGCUCAUAAACAAAAUAGGCUUGUGCUAUAAAAGCAAAUUGAGCUUUUAGAAACACAGUCUAGUAAUUUUGAAUUAUUUAUAUUCAAUUAGGAUAUAUAAGCUUAUACAGAAGCUUUGCAGACACUAUAACAUUUAUUUACAUUUUUAAAGCAAGCUCUUACUCCAUUGACUAUACUUAAGCCUAAGUUUGUACUAUUGAUGGUAUUUUCUAUAAGAAACAAAGUACAGGUAUAGGGUCCCUUAUCUGGAAACCUGUUAUGCAGAAUGGAAGGCCAUCUACAGUCUGUUUUAGCAAAUAGUUAUAAUUUUAAAAAGUGGUUUCUUUUUCUCUUUAAUAAAAACAUGGUGCCUUGUACUUGACCCUAACUAAGCUGCAUGAUUCCGUAUUGGUAGAAAAACAAGCCUAUUACAUUUAUUAUAAUGUUCAAAUUAUUUUAGCAGACUUAAAGUCUGGUGAUCCAAAUUAUGGAAAGAUCCCUUACCUAUAAACUCCAGGUUCUGAGCAUUGGCGAUAACAAAUCCUAUACCUGUAACAACUUAUUUGUUAUCCAUAUUACAAAAUAAACCUGGCAUCAAUAACAAUUUAAAAUAUCAAUACUCACCUUUUUGAAUAUGAAUUAAAUGACUAUUGCUUCUGCUGAAAAUACAUUUUGCCUGCUGUUUUAAUCACCAAAUUGUCCAUGGUUUUAAUUAUGAUAUGAUAUUUAAGAUACACAAUGUUUGGUUGUGAGAGUUAAAUAGAUUGUAAAUAUACAGCUCAUUCCUUCCCAUGAUUCUGCCUGUUUUGUUAGCUGUUUUGUGGGAUUAUCUGUCCAUAGUCAAUUUUUAUCACAAGGACCAAACAUGGAGUAGCUUCAGUUACCCUGUGUGUACUGUUAGCUCAAGAACUAACAAAAACAAUAUAUUGUUCAUGAGUAAAACAAUUCAAACAAAAAAUAAUCCUACUCAUUGAACUCAUGUUGGAUGAGGUGGUAUAAAGUUAUGUGUACAAGGCAUUAAGAAAUAGAGAAAUUCUCUCAAAAACAAUGGUAAUCCUCCAAUAGCAGGUUUGUGCGUUUAGAAGAAUAUGGUGAGGCACCCAACAUAUUUUUUAUAAAUAUUUUUGCAAACAUAUUCCACAGCAAUGUGCAAUAGAAGAAUGUAUACAUUUAAAACACAAAUAACGCAAAAACACUGACCAAUUCAGAAGGUAAAGAUGACCUUGUUUAUUAUUAUUAAGGCUUACAUUAUAUACGAAGAAAGGGUAUAAGGCACAAAUGGAGUAAAUAUGUAUAAUGUUUGCUAUAGGUCUAGUCACCUAUAGCAACCAAUAAGCAGGAGCAUUUACUGGUCACCUGUUGGUUGCUAUGUGUUACUUAAACUAGGCAAGCUUCAUGUUCUUUUUUUACAUGCUAUUGUUAGUUUAGGGGUUGAACAAAUCAGGAAUAAGUGAGAGAUGUGGCAUGGAGUAUUGCAGAUAACAGGGGACAGAGGUUGGCUAAGGAAUACUAAGCUACAGCAAGGUGUAAAUUAGAUGAAAUGUGGAAGGGAUUUCCAGAGAGGGGGAUAAGAUGUGUGAGUGAAGAAACAUUUAGUGAAGUGUUUUGAUAAGUAGAUUGUGAACAUUUGAAGAUAUGCUUAGAGUUGUUGGGCAUGGCAGGGUCAUUGGCUGUUUAAGUUUGUCAGCUGCAGUUGUUAUGGUCUAAAGUGCUCAAUGUCUCUGGGUAUGUCGGUCAACCAAUAAAGAGUUGCAAUAGCCAAUUUGUGCCAUGAUAAAAGAGGAAUUUAGAAUCAUAGAUAACCCAAGGAGCCAAGCUUGGGAUGAAGGGGUUAUAUUGGUUUCAGAUUCAUUAAUUGUAAUAUAGUUUUCAGGGAUGUAAUUGGAUGCUACAUGACAUCCCAUAUGUUCAAGAAUAUUGCCCUCAAUUAGCUUAUGCCAUCUUGCUUACGUUUCAUUUCAGUCAAUAAUACAUUAAGUUAAUUAGAAACACCUUCUGUUCGUCUCAUGCUAUUCCCAUUUCAUAAAUAAACUAAAAACCUUUUAAAAAAGUGAUUUGUGUAUACAUUUAUAAAGUGAGCACAAAAAGGAUGAAGGUACACAGAUUCCUCUAGGUGGGCCAGACAAUUCUCCACAAUGCCAUAGCAAUUCAUUAGCUCAGUACAAGGAAGACUUUGGCUUGGAGAAGCUUUUGUGGAACUGAUGAGCACCAUUGAUUCAUGGUUUAAGUUACAGGGGCACAUUUACUUAGCUCGAGUGAAGGAUUAGAAUGAAAAAAACUUCGAAUUUCGAAGUUUUUUUUUG